UCAAAAUUGAAAUUCAAAAAUGCGCGCACGUUACCAAUUCCAAAUUACCUUUCCCCUAUAAACCCGUUGCCAGCUACCGGUAGAAGGUGUUGCCAACCUGAACCUCAGUCAGUUAGUUACUAGAGCUUCAAAUGGAUACGUCAGUACGGUUGCUGAUACUCUCAACGCUAAUCGCCUGCGGAUUCGCCGUAGACCGCAACAACUUCAAGACAUGCGAGCAGAGCAGCUUCUGCAGGCGCCUACGCGCUACCAAACCGAGCGACACCAAGUACGAGCUCAACCUCAGUAGCCUGCAGAUCUCGGACAACGCGAUCGAAUCGGAACUCGUCGACAAGGAGGCGGACGUCUCGCUCAAGUUCGCGAUAACCGCCCUCGCCGACAGCACGUUUCGCGUCUUCGUCGACGAAAUCAAACCGCUGCAUCCGCGCUAUCAGGUCGAGGGCGUGCUGAACGGCGAGCCGCAGGUCGCCCGGCUCGAACUCCUGCAGCGGACCAACGAGGAGAUUAGCAUUCGUUCGGGCGAUAACAAGGUCGUUAUUAAGGCGCUGCCGUUUAAGAUCGAGUUUUACAGCGGAGGCAAAUUGGUGACCGUGUUUAACGGACGUGGUCUGUUCAACUUUGAGCAUCUGCGUGCCAAGCCUGCUGAGGAAGGUGCAGCGGCUGAUUUAGGUGAUGAAGCACCCAAGGAAUCGAUUGAUCCGGGUGCCUGGUCAGAGAACUUCAAAUCUUUCCACGACUCCAAGCCUCGCGGACCGGAGGCGAUCGGUCUUGACAUUACAUUCCCCGAGGCACAGCGCGCGUACGGUCUGCCCGAACAUGCCGAUCGUCUGGCCUUGCGAACGACGACAUCCGGCGGUCAAGAACCAUAUCGGCUGUACAAUCUCGAUGUAUUCGAGUACGAGUUGGAUUCGACGAUGGCGAUUUACGGCGCCAUACCGAUGUUAUACGCCCAUAGCGCCCAGCACACGGUCGGAGUUUUCUGGCAGAAUGCGGCCGAAAUGUGGGUCGACGUCACCAACAGCAAAGACGGAAACGUGGUCUCCUCGAUCGUCAGUCUGGUCUCCGGUCAAAAACAGGACGUGCACAUCGACACGCACUUCAUGAGCGAAAGCGGCGUUGUCGACCUGUUCGUAUUCUUGGGACCGACGAUGCGCAACGUCGCGCAGCAAUACGCGAAGAUCACGGGAACCGCGCCUUUACCUCAGUACUUCAGCUUGGGCUACCACCAGUCGCGCUGGAACUACAACGACGAGGAUGACGUUCGAAUGGUCGUUCAGAAGCUCGACGAGCACAAUUUCCCCGUCGACGUCAUGUGGCUGGAUAUCGAAUACACGGACGGCAAAAAGUACUUCACUUGGGACGCGAUCAAGUUUAAAAAUCCGGAAACGAUGCUACAAAACCUGACGGCGACCGGCCGCAAGCUCGUCGUCAUCAUCGACCCCCACAUUAAACGAGAGGGCGGAUACUUCCUGCACGAGGACGCGUUGGCGAACAACUACUACGUGAAGAAUAAGGACGGGAACGUGUACGAGGGUUGGUGUUGGCCCGGCUCCAGCAGCUACUUGGACUUCUUCGAUCCGAAGGUGAGGGAGUACUACGCCGGCCUGUACGCCUUCGACAAAUUCGUCGGGACCACGAAGGACGCCUACCUAUGGAACGACAUGAACGAGCCGUCCGUCUUUAACGGUCCCGAAAUAACGAUGCCGAAGGAUUGUAUCCAUUACGGGGACUGGGAGCACAGACACGUCCAUAACCUUUACGGGCUGUACCAUACAAUGGCAACCUUCGACGGCCUCCUGAAGCGUUCGGGUAACAAGUUGAGACCGUUCAUCUUGACGAGAGGCCAUUUCGCCGGCUCUCAGCGAUACGCCGCGGUAUGGACCGGCGACAAUGCGGCGGAAUGGUCGCACCUAAUGUACAGCAUACCGAUGUGCCUUACCGAGGCUCUGGGCGGAAUGAGCUUCUGCGGCGCGGACGUGGGCGGAUUCUUUAAGAAUCCCGACGAGGAGCUGUUGCAACGUUGGUUCCAGACCGGAGUUUGGUUGCCGUUCUUUCGAAUGCACUCGCAUAUCGAGACGAAACGUCGGGAGCCCUACUUGUACAGUACCGACGUUCAGAAUCGCAUCAGAACGGCGAUGUGGCAGCGAUACGCCCACUUACCGGUUUGGUACACACUGUUCCACGAGCACGAAGUUACCGGUGAGCCGGUCAUUCGUCCACUAGUCUACCACUAUCCGACCGAUGGCAACGUUUUCGAUAUCGACAACCAGCUGUUGGUGGGCUCUUCUAUAAUGGCACGACCUGUUACGGAAUCUGGCGCGUCAUCCGCCACCGUGUACUUCCCAGGGGGCGCUCAAGAGCGCUGGUACGACAUUGAAGAUUUUAAGCCGUUCCAAGGAAGCGGAAGCGUAACCAUACCCGUCAGUUUAGACAAAUCGCCCGUUUAUUACAAGGGAGGCAGCAUAAUCCCACGAAAAGACCGACCUCGUCGCGCCUCCACGCUGACGCACGACGAUCCAUUCACACUCUACGUCGCUCUCGACCAUAACAAUUCAGCACAAGGCCGCCUCUACAUCGACGACAACGAAAGCUACGAGUACAGAAAGAAGAAAUAUCUGUACCUGCAGUUCAACUACAAGGACGGCGUGUUGAGUAACAGCUUCGUCGACCCGGACGCCAGCUACCAGACGAGCGCGUGGAUCGAACGCGUCGUGAUACUGGGCCCGCCCGCCGGCGUCAAGCGCGCCAAGUUGGAGAGCAAAGAGCUGGGAGUUCAAAAGUUGAGCGUUAGCUACGAUAGCGAAGGGGGGUCGCUUACCAUCCGCAAACCGGCCGUUAUAAUCAGUGAUAUUUUUACCAUAACACUAGAGGAAUAAUAGUUUAAUAGUAUUUUAAGUAGGCAUUAUUCAGCGUGUAGCCUUUUUUUUUACAAAUACACAGAGUUUUGGGGGAAUAAAGCUCAAGAAAGCACUGAGGUAUGUUAAAUAUAAUAAAAUAUGUGGACCAAACUUUCGAACGGGAGUUCUAACUAUUAA